GCCUGGUGGGGGGCAGGGCGCUGUGCCGGCCAGUGGGGGCGGGUGGCUGGUGAGGGCCCCUCUCUCCUGGGCAGGGAGUGUCGCCACAGACUCCCUGGGCUGGGGACGGUCUGGGACGGGGCCAGGGGGAUGAGGUGCUGGUUUUAUAGAAGGAGGCGUUGUGGAGCCUCUGGUGGUCAGGGCAGGCUUCAGGCGGGGGAGGGUGGGCGCCCAGGGCGCUUCCUGCUAGAGGAGGGGUCACUUCAGGGCGAGGGACCAGGGGAAACCCGUGAUUGAAGUUUUAGCGGCUGAGGCCCGCCCACCCUGGGCGUUGCCCUGGAAACAGGCCAGCCGCGGACCGGGAGGGCUGGGGGGCGGGGCACGGACCGAGCCGGGCCGGGAUUCAGCUGGACCUGCGCCCUGGUCCUGGCUCAGCCUGCAAAGCCCAGGUGGGACCAGCCAGUGCCCACCAGGAGGCCGCGUCACUCCUGCCGCUGAGGCCGGGCAUGACCUUUGGCUGGGAGAGGGUGGUGGUGGUGGUGCCUGUCGCCUGGCCCCCACACCUGUGCCCUCUGGUCCGUCCGUGCCUGGGAUGGAUGUGUGCUCACUCCCAGGUUGCUGUGGGGUGGGGUGGGUGCACAUGUGCCCAACACCUCAGCGGCACGCACAGCCAAGGCCACCGCCCACUGUACACGCCGCAACAGCAUUUAGCCCAGGCUGCCUGGGUCCUCCCUGCUGUCCUGGGAGACAGCUUUGUGAGCAAUGGGCUGAGGUUGGACUGGCCCAGCCUAGCCACCCACAUGCUUGGGCUGGUGGCAUUUGGCAAUGUUGCUGCCGGCCAUGCAGCUGCCUAGGCCCUGUGUGACCCCAGACUGUGGUGCAGGGGUCCAGGUGGGAUGGGCAGGGCCAGGGCUGUGGUGGCAUGGCACCUGGGGUGGGCUGCUCCCCGAGCCCGAAGGCGUCCCCGCCCCCAGGCCUACGUGUGUGUGUGUUGCCUUCACCCUCAGCCCCUAGCAGAGAAGUACCCGACAGUGCAGGGGAGGGGCGGGGGGAGGCCUGGAGCGUGCAGUUGGCCUCGGUGACCCAGGAGGAAAGACUGGGGGGCCCUGGACUGCCUGUCCCUCCCCUGCAGCUGGGGGUGGUCAGAGUGGGGGGCUCCAGCCUCAGGGCUCAGGUUUGGUGGGAGGGGCCUGGUCCCACCUGGCCUCGGAUCCCCCAGUCCCUGCUCCUCUGUGUGCAUGAGGGGCUGCCCGCUUGCUUGGGACCCCCCAGGGUGAGGGUCUGAGACAGGCACUGGGGCCACCAGGAAGCACACACCACAGUCUGUGUUCGUGGGCCUCCCUCCUCCUCAAAGCUGCCUGGGAGCCCAUGGGCCUGGGGGGGUGGUCAGGGUGUGUGGGCUUGGCUCUGUCCUGAGCUGCCCCUGCUGGGCUGUGUGGAGACCCUGGGGUCUGAGCUGGGCUUGGACUGAGCUGCUGCCGUGCUGCUGGGGCUCAGAGGCCGCUCCGCUGGCAUGGCAUCAGGCUCCGCAGACAGGCAGCUUUGGCGAGUGGGCAGGCCCCUCCUUGAGUGGGACCUCCGUCUGGCCUGGUGGGUGUCCGAGGCGUCCUGGCAGCUCCGGUGUCUGUCUUGGGGCCUAGCUCAGCCAGGCUGGGGCGGGAGCCUCUGUGGCUCCCUCCUGCCUUGGGCUACUGGCAGGACAGUUAUCUCACGCCAGAGAGCUGGGUUCGAGGGGUGAGGUUGCGGGGCUGAGCUAGCAGGGCAGGGAGUAGUGGGCACUGCAAUUUGCUGCCCAGGUGAGUUUGGGGCCAGAAGUCCCUGAGUGCAGGAGGACAGACUGCCCGACCUGGCACCCAUGGUGGAGGAGGGCUUUCAGGGUCAUCACUGGCAACUCCAUGGGAGUGUGUAAGGCCCCUUCCUGAGCUCGGGUGUCAGCUCAGAGCUGAAGGCAGGGUGGGUGGGGGUGCCCCAGCCUGGCCGGAAGCAGACAGCAGGCUGCUGGUCCAGGGUCCGGGACCCCCGGGAGGAGGCACUGCUGUGUGUCUGUGUGUGUGCAAGCAAGGGUCUGGACCUGUGUCUCUGCAUGUCACAUCUCUGAACAUGCGUGUUCUCUGCACACUGUGUCUCCAUGAGUGGGAGCCUGUGGCCCUGCCUGGCUGUCUCAGUGGCCUGAGUGAGCAGAAUUUGGCAGCUCACUUGCUGUUUCAAGGCUCUCCUGGUUGGGGUGCUCCAUAGGGGUCUUGCUCCCGAGUCAGGUGCACUCCUUGGCCACCCCGACUGCCCCUCUGCCCUGUGGUGACAGGGCCCCGGGGGGUGUUCCCUACCCUCCUCUGGGAGCAUCUCUGGCUGUGCAGCUGAGGGUGGAAACCAGGGCUCCACUCUGGCUCUCUCUCUUCUGCAGAGCUUGGGGCUACCUUGGCCGCACCCACCGCCCGCCCACCCACUGGUCAGCCUUCCGGGGGCCCUGAGCACCGCCCGGCCUCCUUUCUCUGGCCAGCCCAGAGCUGAAGCGCUGCGGCAUGGCGCGCGCCUGCCUCCAGGCCGUCAAGUACCUCAUGUUCGCCUUCAACCUGCUCUUCUGGCUGGGAGGCUGUGGCGUGCUAGGCGUUGGCAUCUGGCUGGCGGCCACACAGGGGAGCUUCGCCACGCUGUCCUCGUCCUUCCCGUCCCUGUCGGCCGCCAACCUGCUCAUCGUCACCGGCACCUUUGUCAUGGCCAUCGGCUUCGUGGGCUGCCUGGGUGCCAUCAAGGAGAACAAGUGCCUCCUGCUCACUUUUUUCCUGCUGCUCCUGCUGGUGUUCCUGCUGGAGGCCACCAUCGCCAUCCUCUUCUUCGUCUACACAGACAAGAUUGACAGGUACGCCCAGCGAGACCUGAAGAAAGGCCUGCACCUGUAUGGCACGCAGGGCAACGUGGGUCUCACCAACGCCUGGAGCAUCAUCCAGACUGAUUUCCGUUGCUGUGGCGUCUCCAACUACACCGACUGGUUCGAGGUGUACAAUGCCACACGUGUGCCCGACUCGUGCUGCCUGGAGUUCAGUGAGAGCUGCGGGCUGCACGCGCCCGGCACCUGGUGGAAGGCGCCCUGCUACGAGACGGUGAAGGUGUGGCUGCAGGAAAACCUGCUGGCUGUGGGUGUCUUCGGGCUGUGCACGGCGCUGGUGCAGAUCCUGGGCCUGACCUUCGCCAUGACCAUGUACUGCCAGGUGGUCAAGGCAGACACCUACUGCGCAUAGGCCGCCCGCCCGACGGAUGCCCACGGGGAGAUGGCGGCACCACACCUGCCUUUCCCACCACCGGCUCAGUGCUCUGCCCCAUGCUGGGAGGGAGGGGAGGGGGACAGAUGCCCGGAACCUGUUUCUGGAAGGCCCUGGCUUGGGUGGCUUCAGGGCCUCCGGACCCCCGGGGAGGGAAUGUCCACAGACUGGCUGCAGAACCCGGGGCAGGGGUGGGAGGGGCUUCCAGCAGUUUUUGUAUCUAUCAUUCUCCAGAGUGGUGUUCACACGGGAGCCAGCCUUCGGCCCCUGGCCUCCUGGGUCACAGGCUGGGGCUGGAGGGGCCAGGUCUCGGCAUCCUGGAGGUGGCCCCGCUGCCCUGGUGCUCUAGGCUGGGCCGCGGGCCCCUCGCCUACAUUCCACAGUGGCCGUGGGGCUCCUGGUGCAUCUCUUAAUAAAGUGUGAGCAGCC